AUGGAAGAAGGUUUGGAUAGUGGAAAAUGGGGAUGGAUGAAAACAAGAAGAGCAAUAAAGGGAGAGCUGAAGAAGGUGGGAACCAUAGCGGCACCAAUGGUGGUGGCAACUGUGCUGCAAUAUCUUCUACAAGUGGUGUCCAUGAUAAUGGUUGGCCAUCUUAACCAGCUUGCGCUUUCAAGUGUUGCUAUUGCAACAUCUCUCACCAAUGUUUCUGGGUUUAGUGUUUUGUCAGGGAUGGCUGGUGGAUUGGAAACUUUAUGUGGCCAAGCAUUUGGAGCAGAACAAUAUGAAAAAUUUGGACUAUAUACCUACACUGCCGUAAUAUCCCUCACUUUGGUUUCUAUCCCUAUCACAGUUCUAUGGAUUUUCAUGGACAAAAUGUUAAUUCUCUUAGGUCAAGACCCAACAAUAUCCCUUGAAGCUCGCAAAUAUGCCAUUUGGCUAAUACCUGCUUUAUUUGGUUCAGCAAUUCUUAAACCUUUAACAAGAUUUUUCCAGACUCAGAGUUUGAUUUUUCCCAUGAUCCUAAGCUCCACUUUAGUUUUGUGCUUCCACGUAGUAACUUGUUGGACCUUAGUAUUUAAAUUGAAAUUAGGACUCGUUGGUGCUGCAAUUGCCUUCAGCUUUUGCGUUUGGUUGAAUUUGAUACUGCUUUUGUCCUUUGUGAGGUAUUCAUCUGCUUGUGAGAAAACACGUAUCCCAUUUUCAAAGAAGGCUUUACUUGGUGUAGGAGAGUUCUAUCGCUUUGCAGUCCCAUCAGCUGUCAUGAUUUGUCUUAAAUGGUGGGCAUGCGAGUUGCUUGUUUUGCUUGCUGGACUUUUCCCAAAUCCAAAGCUGGAGACAUCAGUUCUCUCUAUAUGCUUGACAAUUUCUACAUUACACUUCACCAUACCCUAUGGCUUUGGGGCUGCAGCCAGCACUAGAGUUUCCAAUGAAUUAGGAGCUGGGAAUCCACAAGCUGUUCGAGUGGCUGUUUCUGCAGCAAUGUUCCUUGCAGUUACUGAGGGUCUCAUUGUAAGUGCAACACUAUUCGGGUGCAGACAUAUCUUGGGUUAUGCCUACAGCAACGACACUAUGGUUGUUCAUUACGUGUCUGUUAUGACCCCUCUCCUAUGUCUCUCCAUUUUUACUGACAGCUUGCAAGCAGUUCUUUCAGGGGUUGCUAGAGGAAGUGGGUGGCAACAUCUUGGAGCCUAUGUCAAUCUUGGAGCUUUUUAUUUGGUAGGAGUUCCUGUGGGUGUCCUACUUGGCUUUCUUGAACAUUUCAGAGCAAAGGGUCUUUGGAUCGGAAUAGUCACAGGCUCCAUUGUCCAAACCAUUUUCCUUUCCCUCAUUACUGCUCUUACAAAUUGGAAAAAACAGGCAAUGAUGGCAAGGGAGAGAAUAUUUGAUGCUAAACCUUCUGAUGAAAAUGGAUCAAAUCACAUGGCGAGUGCUUAAAUUUAGUUUUUCAGCUCU